CUCAUACAAGUACUUACUAUCUAUUUGUGACUACUGCUACAAAUCCCUGCACCAAACAUGGCCAUCGCAUUCAAGCACCACCCUCGAUCCCAACAAACCUAUGAGCCUCCGCUCAUUGCCAAUGAGAAUGCCUUUCUGGGGGAUGUAGAUUCGAGUGACAGCUACAACCCCGAAAAACCCAUCUCAGCCGGCUUCUACCGUCUGGAAAAAGGCACUCCGCUGGUAUACGAAUACACCUUUGAUGAGAUGAAAAUCAUCCUGGAAGGCAAGUUCGAGAUCUCGGAUGAGACCGGCCAAAAGGUUGAGGCUUUUCCCGGGGAUGUGUUUCAUUUUCCCAAGGGGAGUAAGGUGACUUUUACGACGCCGUCGUAUGGGUUGGCUUUUUUUACGGGACAACGGGCCAAGACUGCUUGAGUGAUGAUGUAAUUGGAAUAUCCUGGGUUGUGAUGAAUUAAUUCCUUGCUGGUAAAACGGGCUAUUUAUUACUAUGUCUUAUUGAGGAAGAGAAGGGGGGAGAAAGAUAGUCUAGUUGAUGGCUGGGAGAUGAACCAUGGUUUGGGAGACAGAAAGGUUCCACUGCUUAUGGGAGCGGUUCCUUGGUUGUGUUUACGGGAAGUGUAAACAAGAACCAGGGCGCAAUGACGCCGGUGUGGAUUGCACCCCUCUUCUCUAAAUCAACUUGCU